AUGACGGUGUUGAUAUGGGCCGAGCCCCGCCAGCGCAUGAUUGGCUGCAGGAUGGAAUGGCAGGGGGACCUUCCACAGGAUCAUGCCUUUGUAGAGCUCCUGCUUCCUGGGCUUCCCAGCGAGCUGGAUAUCCAACAGCUGCUCCGAGACACAGAGGACAAACUCAAACUCAAUGCCUGCAGUAUAGAACAGAGUCUGAAGGAACUGCAGGGGAAGAUGGGUGAGUCCUGGACGGGGGAGCGUCCACCCAGCCCAACGGAAUGUCUGCAGUGGUUUAACCCACGGAACCCCAGCACUGUCAGGCCUGUCGCCACAGGAAACCAGGAGCUUCUGGACUUCCUGAAAGCUCUGCUCAAGUACCUUAGGACCGAGGAGGAGGGGCGAGAGGACGUGACCCUCCAGCUGCUCCACAACAUCUCCUCCCAGUGUGGCGUGUCCUUCCCCAACACCACCCCCUCGCCCACCCCCCAGCAGCCCGGCCCCUCGUCACACACCUCGGUCCACACGGUCAGGGACGACAGUGCUCUGGAGAGCCAUGAGGUGUGGGACGAGGUAAGGCUCCGGCUGCGGCGCCACCUGCUGGACAGACUUUCCUGUCCCCUCCCCGUCCCUCAGCGCAUCUACUGUCUGCAGCAGCUGUUCUUCCUCUACCCAGAGUGGGAGGUGCUGACGCGCUACCAGGGCCUGAGGAGCCAGGCUGUCCUGUCUCUGCUCCACUCUGCCCUGGCCUCCAGCCCCGGUGGGAAGGAGACGGGCUUCGACAGGCUGGCCCUGGGGCUCCGUGCUGCCGCCCCGGCCCUGUGCUCGGCCCUCAGGGAGGAGCUCCAGGUUCUCAAUGGGGUGGCCAAGCCCCACACCAUUCUGGGUUUCCUGAAUGCUGCCUACCUGAACACUGUGUCCCAGGAGCUGGGCGCCAUGAUGGAGAGAGAGUGUGAGAACGCCCUAAAGGACAACACUACGCCGAGCGGCGGCAAGGGGAGGAAAAGCUCGGCCAGGACCAAGGCGACUGUAGCGCCUCUGGAGCUGCCCCCCAGGAGAGGCAGGAACUUCAGCCUAACAUCUCACCAGCUGAGGGUCCUGACCCAGCUAGCCUGCACUCUGCUGGGUCUGGAGAGCCAAGUGGACGAGCUGGCCACUGAACUGGCAUUCAUCAACUGUGCUGGGGAGACUCCCUGCAGUGUGAGAGGAAUAUUGAAAAAGACCAAAGACGACUUGGAUAUGACCACUGUGGAUGGUAGCAAGACCACGGCAGAGACGCUCUUCCAGAGUCCGGAGGCCAUUGUUCUGGAGUUUGAUUGGAGGGCUGCGUUCAGGAAGCUGGUGCCCCAUAUGGCUCACUGUGUCAAGGUGGUGCUGGAAGAUGUGUGCACCAAGAGUCUGCAGCAGGAGGAGCUGUCACACACAUCUGGCUCCGCCCACAUGGUCCUGACUAACACACCCCACAGAGAUGACUCCUCCCUCACCUGCCCAGAGAGGGACCACCCCAAGAUGGUCGCCAAGUUCUGUGGCGACAUCAUGGGGGAGUGUGAUGCCCUCCUGCCCCUGGCGGAGGCGUGUGGAGAUGCUGCCCUCCUGGAGGUGCGCUGCAGCUUCGUGGAGGUGUGUGCCUGGGUCACGUCUGCCAUCCUGGGCCGUGUGGAGGAACGGGCAGGGGAGGUGCCCUCUGCUGCCCCCUUGAAGAACCUGAUUGCUCUGCUGGGCACCAGUAUGUACAUCCACCAACGGCUGUGUCACUACGAGGCCCAACUCAGAGAGACUAACACCACCGCAGCCAGAGUCCCCAUGACACUGCUGCCCAUCCAGAGGUACCAGGAUGUGACGGAGCGCCUGAGAGAGCAGCUGGCCAGCUACUGUGUCCAGGUGUGCACCAGCACUAUCCUGCAAGACGCAGAGAGCCACCACUGGGCUGACCCCAAACCCUUCUACGAGGGUGAUAGGUGUUCAUUCUCAGUGCAGAUGUGGCACUACUUCCUGACUGGGCUGCGUACUGACCUGUGGUUGGCUGUGCCGGGCUCUGUGGGGCGGGACGUGCUGGCUCAGGUGACCAGUGAGAGUCUGCAGGUUCUGGUGCAGAGGUACUCCAGGGCACGGCCCUCCUACAAGAGGCACCUGCAGAUCAGGUGUGACAUCACGGUGGUGCUGCUGUGUGUGGAGCAGCUCAUGUGGAGUGUGUGUGAGCGGCCCGAGGCGCUGGCGCAGUCAGAACCAUCGGUGGCGGGCUGCGUCUGGGUCGCCUCAAUCCACAGCCUGUGUGACCAGCUCCUGACCACGCUGGUCAUCGUGACCGCACCCCUGCCUCAGCUCUACUGGACUUUCCAGUACAGGCCUGGAGAGGGCUCUGCGCCAGCUCUGGCCCAUUCCCCAGGCAGCCCUGGCAUACACUGGCUCAGUGCCAUCCACCCUGGCCUGUUCACCCAGCAGGCAGCACGGGAGGGCCUGGCGGGCGAAGCGGCCUCCGAGUGCCAGCUGAGGCUGCUGACCUCUGACCCAAGAUGCAGUCCCAGGUUGCUGCUGACCGCCAUCCUGCACAGAGACUGUCACCUGCUGCGUGUCCUCCUGGAACACUCCCGUAAGACAACACACUCUGAUGGAAAUACUGACGGACGGCCUCUGGACCUGUGCCACGGAAGGAACACAGAUGAUCCCCCUCCCCCUCGGCCCCUACCCCCACCUCCCACCCCCAACCCUCACCACACCACGCCUGCAGCGACCCCCACAAGGACAUCCUGGCAGAACCCCCCACCUCGAAGGUGCAGCUGGGGAAUGUUCUGUAUCAUGACGGCUAAGGUUGAAAUGGAAGAUUUCUGCAUGGAGGAGGAGGCAGAUGCUGAUGCUGUGUCUCCUGUGAAGAGCGAUGCUGGAGAUGAGUUUAUGGAGGCUAUGUACAACGUGCUCAGCUCUCUGAACAAUUUCCCCAAAGCCCUGACUCUGGCCCUGGAGACUUACUUUGACAGAGGACACUUAUGGGACUAUCUAUACAGCCUGGCAGAUUCAGUGCGGCCUGUCCCCGUGGUGAUCAGCUUUAUCCGGGCAGUGGUCAACCAGCCUGUCCACUGCCUUCUGGGCCAUCUGGUCACCAUGGUACUGGCUUGGCAGGCCUCUGAGGAGCCCUGUUCCCCCCUGCUCAGACGGGACGUCCCAGACAACAUCCUCACUAAAGUCCCCAAGGAGUGGAGCUAUAGCCUUCAGACACCCAAGGGGAGGGAAUCAGCUAAGAGUGUUGUGAAUCUGGUCCUCCAGGCUCUCUCCUUCAUCUACACUAACCUGCCCUCGGCCGUGGCUUCCCUCCCCCUGCCAGUACGCUUCCUCUUCCACACCGCAGAGAAACACCUUUCCCAGCAUGCUCGGCAGCUGCGCUCCACAGGCCUUCUCCUCUGGGCCCUCCUUAGCUGUCUCUGCCAGUGCCUGGAGGACCCCAACUCACUGGAGCUGCUGUGCGGCUUGCCUUUGGACCGGGGAGCCAAGGAGAGACUGGCCCUGCUGUCAGAGUGCCUCCAGGGGACCAUGGGCCAGAGCCAGCAGAAGGGUGUGCCCAAGCCCACUGUGCACAAGGUACUGCAGGCUCUGGAGGAGAGGAGGCCCAAGUGGUGCUCCAUGCAGCUGCAGAAGGCCCGCAAGCUCUGCUCCGAGAGUGCGUUUGAGUGGGGCGAGAGUGGUGUUACACAGGAGGGGGGCGGCGGUGUGGCUGAGGCGACUGAGCAGAAAAUAGGGCUGAUACUCCUGGAGAUUUGCCACAAACCAGGUGGCUCCGAGUACCUGAGGCAAAUCUAUCAUAUCAUCCAAGUCAACGAGCCACUGUUGAGGUCCAAGCUGUGUGUGUCCAGUGACCCCCCAAUUGACUCUCCUCAGACAGUGACCUUUGACCUGGGAACAGACCGCCCUGGUCACCCCUCACCCCGGUUCAACCCCCUCCACCAGUUUGACCACAUCGGCAGCAACAAGUUUGACCAGAGGAGGCUGCAUAGCUUUGCAUAG